AUGGCCUACAGCGAUCGGAUGACGACCUUCGAGGAUUCGGAGAAGGAGAGCGAGUACGGAUAUGUACGCAAGGUAUCUGGGCCAGUUGUCGUGGCAGAUGGAAUGGGAGGUGCUGCCAUGUAUGAAUUGGUUCGUGUUGGUCAUGAUAACCUUAUUGGUGAGAUUAUUCGGUUGGAGGGAGAUUCAGCUACCAUUCAGGUUUAUGAAGAAACUGCUGGUUUGACGGUAAAUGACCCUGUUUUGCGAACUCAUAAGCCUCUUUCUGUGGAGCUGGGGCCUGGUAUUUUGGGCAAUAUUUUUGAUGGGAUUCAGCGGCCUCUAAAAACUAUUGCUUUAAAGUCUGGUGAUGUUUACAUUCCUCGUGGUGUUUCUGUCCCUGCCCUUGACAAAGAUAUAUUGUGGGAAUUUGAGCCUAAGAAAUUAGCUGUUGGAGAUCUUCUUACUGGUGGGGAUUUAUAUGCUACUGUUUUUGAAAACACUUUAAUGCAACACCAUGUUGCACUUCCACCGGGUUCCAUGGGCAAGAUCACUUAUGUUGCCCCUGCAGGUCAUUACAGCCUGAGGGAUACAGUUCUUGAGCUCGAGUUUCAAGGUGUCAAAAAGCAAUUCACAAUGCUUCAGACUUGGCCAGUGCGUACACCGAGGCCUGUUGCAGGAAAGCUUGCUGCUGAUACACCUUUGUUGACAGGGCAGCGUGUACUUGAUGCCCUUUUCCCCUCUGUUCUUGGAGGCACUUGUGCGAUACCUGGAGCAUUUGGUUGUGGAAAAACAGUUAUCAGUCAGGCACUCUCAAAGUACUCUAAUUCUGACACGGUGGUUUAUGUGGGUUGUGGAGAAAGAGGAAAUGAAAUGGCUGAGGUGCUUAUGGAUUUCCCCCAAUUGACGAUGACAUUGCCUGAUGGCCGUGAAGAAUCUGUGAUGAAACGGACUACACUUGUGGCUAAUACUUCCAAUAUGCCUGUGGCUGCUCGAGAGGCAUCUAUUUACACAGGAAUUACCAUUGCCGAAUACUUUAGAGACAUGGGCUACAAUGUUAGCAUGAUGGCUGAUUCUACCUCUCGCUGGGCAGAAGCAUUGCGUGAAAUAUCAGGACGACUGGCUGAAAUGCCAGCAGAUAGUGGUUAUCCUGCUUAUCUUGCAGCACGUCUAGCAUCCUUCUAUGAACGUGCUGGUAAAGUGAAAUGCCUUGGUGGUCCAGAUCGAACCGGCAGUGUAACAAUUGUUGGUGCUGUUUCCCCUCCUGGUGGUGACUUUUCAGACCCAGUGACAUCUGCAACCCUCGGCAUUGUUCAGGUAUUCUGGGGGCUGGAUAAGAAGCUUGCUCAGCGAAAACAUUUUCCAUCAGUGAAUUGGCUUAUAUCAUAUUCAAAGUACUCAAAGGCCCUAGAAUCUUUCUAUGAGAAAUUUGAUCCAGAUUUUAUUGACAUCAGAACAAAAGCCCGUGAGGUAUUGCAGAGAGAGGAUGAUCUGAAUGAAAUUGUCCAGCUUGUUGGUAAAGAUGCAUUAGCAGAAACCGAUAAAAUUAUCCUAGAGACAGCAAAGCUUCUGAGGGAGGAUUACCUUGCACAGAAUGCAUUUACUCCAUAUGAUAAAUUCUGCCCUUUCUACAAAUCAGUUUGGAUGAUGCGAAACAUUAUACAUUUUAAUACUCUGGCAAAUCAGUCGAUUUGCAGGCAGUUGAGCGAGGAGCAGGUUCUGAAGGCCAGAAGAUAACAUACAGUGUCAUCAAGCAUCGUUUGGGUGACCUUUUCUACCGUCUAGUGUCCCAGAAAUUUGAAGAUCCCUCAGAAGGUGAGGAAGUUCUUGUUGACAAAUUCAAGAAAUUAUAUGACGACCUCACUGCUGGCUUCCGUAAUCUGGAGGAUGAAACACGGUGAUGUACCAUUACGUAAAAUCACAGAUGCAAGUGAUGAGGCAGUUUUCUAUACAUUACCUGGUCCCUGGAAAGAUUCCAGCAGUAGUCUGUUUCCUUCUUUUCUUUGUAGCAGCAUGUGGUUACCCACCAUGCUGCAAGUCCAUGCUCCGAAGUCGCAUAUCUUGGACAUUCUAUUGUUUCAUAGAUCAGCCUUUUUGUUCUUUAAGGUAGCAAUGGAUGAAAAAGAUUGUCAGUUACAUUUUCUCUUGUAAUAAAAGGUGGUUAUAUGGAUAAUUUUAUAACCAUAUUAGUCCAUCUAUUUGAAUUGCAACCAUUUUGAUGGGUUGCUGGUGAUGGAUUUUAAUAUAUCCCGGACUUCCAAUCAGGCCCUGGUUCUGGUGAAA